AUGCCAAUACAUUUUGCAGCAAAAGAUUCCCAUCCUGCAUUAUUAAAGUUAUUAAUUGCUUAUGGUGCAGAUGUUAAUGCUAAAGAUCAUAAAGGAAAAGCUCCUCUUAAUUAUGCAAAUACAAGCUAUGGUCAGCAAUCAUUAGAGAUUCUUCUUUCAAGUGGUGCGGAUAUUAAUACAAUGGAUAAUGAGGGAAGAACUCUUCUUUUUGAAAAAGUAUCAUCCCAUAGAAGAGAAUCGGUCGAAUUUCUUAUUUCACAUGGGGCAAAUUUAAAUAUAAAAGAUAAAAACGGCGAAACAGCACUUUCUAAAGCUAUUGAAAUAAAUGACACAAAAAUUAUUGAAAUACUACUUUCACAUGGUGCACUUCAAUAUAAUUGA